AUGACUGCAUCGGAUUAUGUCAAGAAUCAGCCACACCUUCAGGGUAAACCCCUGACUAUUCAAAACCAAUACUCGGCCCUAGCCGAAUUUCCCCCACUCUCUUACUCAAAAGCCGUAGCCACUACAAACAGAGGGCAAUCCUCUGAACCUACCCAAACACCUCCAACAAAAUCCGCUUAUUUCCUAAAACCUCACAAACAACACCUCUAUACAACCCAUUAUCCCGAGCCUAUCAAACUAAAAGAGCUUCAAACCUUUACCAACCGCAUCUUCUAUGAAGACUGCCUCUACCCAACAGAUAAUGUAACCAAGAACCGUACUUUUUAUGAGUAUAUUCUGGUAGACUCUCGUUCUAUCGAAAUUACUCAUUACCCCGACAAAACUAACCCAAACACUAUCUCUUACUCUACUUGUAAAAUCCUUAGAAUAGCACCUCUCCAAGACCUUGGUUUUCAACACCUCCACACAACAAAACCUUUCUCUCAACCCGGUUUUCCAAUCACCGGCUACACCUACACCGAUUACCAAAAUGCUUGGUUCCGUUUCCUUUACCUACGUCCAUAUGAUCAUUCAUGGUUCUUAGCCUUUGAUCAAAAAUUCAACACUUAUGUCCCUGGCUGGUUCUAUGAAUGGUGGCAUUGGUUCGGACCCUGCGAUCAAAUCUACCCCGCCGAUCUACUCAAAACAGCCUACCCAUAUUUCUUAAAAUAUAUUCCUAAACAAACCCUUGGCACUUAUCAAAAAAUCCUAUUCCAUGCCAACAUGGGCAUUCCAUGGAUUUGCUCCUGGCACUUCAAUCUUACCCAAGCCUUACCCGAUAUGCCUUACUCCUUAAUCAAAGAAUACCGUGUCAAAUGGUGGGACAAAUAUAAUCUCGACCGUUGCUCGUUAAUCAACAUUACCAAAUUUUUUGGCAAUGCUCGCCAAGAUCAACUCCUUGUCCAAUCCGUAUCAAAAUCCAUUCCUUUACUAACUCCCAGCCAACUUACUCAAAUCCAACCCAUUACCAUACCUUCUCAAACGCCAAGCCCUACCAAAUCCACUAGCUCAACAUCCUCCCAAAAACAUAAAAAAAAGGCCAAACUAAAAAAGGCCCUUCAAGCCCUUAGCCAAGAACUCCUCGACUCUUCCGAUGACGAGGACAUCAUUAACCAAGACGAUUUAUCUAGCGACCCUAACGCCCCCUACGGUGGGCCUCUCGCUCAAGAUCCCUUCGAGGAUAUGCAACCAUAA